AUGACCAUUACGACCCGCACCCCCACGACCACUCUCCACUUCCCCGCCUCCCCUUCCGCGGCAGCGUUCUCUUCCCCCUUCCCUUCCGCCUUUUCUUCCGCCGAUGGAACUUCCGCCUCCCCUUCCGCCUCCCCUUCGCCCCCCCGAUCCUCCUCCGCGUGGCCGCACGCGUUCCUCAUGUCUCCUCCCGCAGUCGCGGCUCGAUACAGCGCAAUUGACGGAGAGCCGUUUCUUACGGUUCCCCGGGGGUCUUUUGUUGAGGGUGGAGCAGCGGACGUGGCGCUUGAUGAUUGGAUCAACGAAGUAGCAGCAGCGUCAACGGCUCAAACGGCACCAACGCCAUUGGUCAACCAAGUCAACUCAUUCGAAGCAUUCCAUGCUUACGACACCUAG